AUGCAUCGUUAUGUCCUUCACUCUCUACAUGGGAUUACACUCGCUCCUGGAGCCAGCGAGGCCAUACUACGUUUGUCUUUGCGCAAAUCCUUCACUCAAAACCAAAUUGACGUUGGGUAUCCGGGUAGCUAUGCCAACGAGGUCUUCAAAAUCGCCCGAUCUCAGCAAAACAAUGAGACUGUCUUCGAUAUCACCAAGUACAUUCUUUCACUAGAGGAAGAAAAAGAAAUAACAACCCGUGUUCUUUUACCCCUACCUAACGUUAUUCUUACCACCCUCCAUUACUGUCUCCCCCUCUUCCUCGUCCUUCAAUUUGCAACCUUCUUGGCAAUUUCGGUUGCAAUGCAAGGGGAUGAUUACUGGUUGAGAGGUUGGGUGAUUCGUGACGUGAGUUUGAAACGUGAGUGGAUCAACAGAAGCAGUCUAGCGCAGACGCCUCUCUUUCGAUUUGUCCCCAUUAUGAGGGAACACGUGAGUCUGCGAAGUCAUCUUUGGUACACGUGGAGUCUAAUGGUCCUUAUCUACCUUCCACUUGCAAUUAUUCACGCAAUUUUUGUACUGGAACAAAAGAAUGAGGGACCAUCAAUAACUGAAUUUGCCACAACGAAGACUGAAGAGAGAAAAUUAUCCCUCGAGUCUACACAAGGCGAUGUGAUACCGGACUUAGAGGACCUCACCAAGGAGAUGAAAACAACUGACCAACCACCUUUAAAGAAGAACAAAUACGACAACAAAGGGGAAGGAGGUGAUGAUAAUACAACUCAGAUUAAGCCAAUUCAAAAGAAGAGAAAAAAUCUUCAACAUAAAUACAAAGUUCAACGACCCUUACAGGCGCUGACUCUCCUUCUUCUAGUUGUCUCUAUCACGCUAAUGAGUUAUUCACUAUACGUUACUUUUCGUUACUCAACCUACUACGCAAUGGAAUCAGUGUGGAGGGAUUUGAUCACAUCAUGGAUAUCUUCCACCAUGAAUGAGUAUUACAUCGGCUACCCUAAUCAGACUGAUUCGGAAACCACCGAUCAACGCGCGAAGUUGAACAGUCUGGACGAAAUGCAUAUGACCCUCGGUUGUUGUGGAGCUAGCGGUUACCAGGACUGGCAAAACGUGACAAAGACCAUUCCAUUAGAUGAAUUUAGGUAUCUUGCCUAUCCACCAGCGAAAAAUACCUCUACAAGUGUUGUGCCCUACUCUUGUUGCAAGUGGAUGGAGCAGUCGCUGUUUGACAUCUGCGAUCACACCAGUGGUGACACAAAUUCCAUUUAUACCGAGGGCUGCACGGAGCGUCUGGUCUACCUUAUAAUCUACAAGUGGCUUCAAAUACACUUUUGGUCACUUAUUGCUGUCAACUGUCUCAUGAUUCCACAAGUACUGCUGUACCUGGGAGCCUUCCAGCCCAUUGCCUUUUAUGAGCAGUUUAGGUCCAUAGGAAAGAAAACCAAGGCACAGAAGGAACUGGCAAUGAGAGUGGCUCAUCAAAAGAAAAAGAAGAAGGCAAAAGCAUCGCAGGACAGUCCUAAGGAAAUUCACUUCCCGAAACAUCAAAACCGUGGGUAA